AUGCCGACAAUCCUGGGCAGCCAGUCCUGUUUGCUUCGCGGGGCCCACCUGCAACUCGCUUUUACUCCCUUUCGCUCUCUCUCCAAAUCUCACAUCCACCGUCGUCGCCAGUACUCGAUGUCGCACUGCACUGCCCGCCGCACCGCAUCUGACGUGGUACCGGCUUCGGAGGAAUGUCGCCCUGUUCACGUCCCACUUCGGCCGCACCGAUUGUGCUCGCCCCCCCCCCCACUCCUUUCAAAGUGGACUAUCGUGCAAUGGGGACUGUGCUGUGUAGUGCAGCAGCUACCAUGUACUUGGUCUGAUCUGGCUCGCGAUGCAUCCGGGUGUAUUGGAUGCCGCGCCAUGUCGCCUCGUGCACGUCUCCUGACACGGGUGCGAGUCCUCAGGGAAAGCGUAACGCGCACAGAGCGCGAAAUGCCUGCUGAACGCUACAGGCAUCCGCCUUCAUCAUUGGCUCCUCUAUUUCUCCCACGAUGCGGCGGCCGCGCUGUGCGGGUGCGGACGGGCGGGAAGCGGGAGAAUAUGGACAAUCGAUGA